AUGCGAGCAAAAAAUUCCACCAUCAGUUCCCCUGCCACAGAGCUUGCCUAUUGUUCGGUAAGAGCCGGGAUAGGUGCUCUGAGUGACAAGGGUGCCAAGAGAACCGGAGCUUCAAAUUCUGCGUCAACGCUCGUAUCAGAUAGCCAGCAUGCAAGUCUUCUCAGAGCCGAUCAAGGUUUGCAGGAACGAGAGUUGAACCUGCAUGAGGAAACUUUCCAGCGUGGUCUUCGCAGUCCGAAACCUAUUGACAAGGUCCGAAGCCUUUCUGCAAUCAGCACUUGA